AUGGAGCGCAAAAUCGACUGCCAGUUUAUGGGACUGGGCCCAGAGUUCCGCUCGGCGAAAUGUCUAAACUUAUGCGAGCUGCAGUUGAUCCUCAGUGAUCAGCUACGUCUGCCAAACACCCGAUCCGCUGAGGCGCAAAGCUUGCUUAAGGCCUCGUACGACUAUAGUACGCGUUUCGCGAAGCUGAGGACACGCAAUGUCAUUGUGGAUCUUCGAAGUAACCUUGAGCGCGAAGGAGAUCUCCACCAGUACGAGAUCGCGCAGCUGGUGGACCUGCUCCCCAAAUCCCCAGACGAAGCAAAAGCACUAAUUCCGACGCUCAACCGUUUGCCCGCCCCGCGGCUUCAACGCAUCCUCGAUCUUCUUGAAAUGUUCCGCGUGCACGCAGCUUGA